AUGGGCAUAUGCUCUUCGAAAUCAUCAGAAAAAGAAUUACAAAAGGCUUUAUAUCUUCAAAGGUUAAGAGAAUUUAAAGCUAAAUUUAAAUAAAGCACUGCUGAGGUUAUUCAAUUCUCCUUAGAUUUUAAAAACGAUGAAGAAAAUGAUUUAUCUAAAGUGAAGUAUGUCAUCUCAGAAAAUCCAAUAGUAAAAAGAAGAAGCAAACCAUAAAAUGAAAUUUGUAAUGUUUCACUGACGGCUAAGGAAAAUGAAAAUUGA